AUGACGCCUCACCCGCACAUGUGGGCCACCUUCCCCCUGUGGUCCAGCAGAGCAGGGGCCACAUGUCUGCAGCGCCAUGGCGACAGGUGUGUGGCCUCAGACAUGUGCAGCUGCUCCAGGAUAUUUCAGGCUCAGAGUGUCAGACCGAAGUCUUCCACACAGACCACAACGUGCAGCACCAACAGAGGUACGGUAACCAUGGUGACCGAGCUGAGCCGCGACGUCAUCGGCUCAGCGUUUUGUCUCCUCACAUCAGGAGAAAAUGUCCGCCGUCAGCUGCAUGUAUUGAUUAUUGAUCCUUCAUACAAUCAGGAAGCUUUCUGCCUCAGCUCCGACUGCCCGCAGGAGUAA